AGGGUAUUCAUGAACUGGGGUCCUGACACCUGGCGACCCUAUGGACAAUGGACGACUGAAGGGCCGCUGAGAAACACUACUUGGCGACCUGGACCAAGUGGAUUGCACUCAUCUUACUUGAAUUCUAGGAGUGGAUUUGAACUUCGACGCACGGCUUAUCAUCCUCAUCCAUAUGCCGGAGUCAGUUUCUUCAAUCAGACAAUUCCGACUCCUCAUGCAGAUCUCCCUCACCAUCGGUCUGAGUUCCGAGAAGCUCGGGCAACGAUCACAAGAGGAUUGUUUGCCGAUUUUUCCGAAAAUUCCAUACCCGAUCCAUUGAUCUUGAACUGUGAAAUCAGUGCACAAAAGGUGGAUAUCAGUUGGAAACCGCCGACUCAUUUGAAAACCAUCCGAUACCUAUUAGAAGUGCAAGACAAAGAGUCAGGGCGAAAAUGGGUUUUCGACCAGUCUUGGGCGCAAACUCAACGGGAACUCAGGACAACUCCAGGAAACACUUACUGUAUUCGAUUAGAAUGUGAGAAUGUCAAGGAUAAUAGCGUCAUAGCAGCUGUAUACAAAGAAAUCAAAGCUGUGUUCAGUUAUGACGAGAUGAAGCAGAUGUACUUCAAGUGUGUAAACUUUGUUGGAACGCAAAUGCAAGCGUUUGAGGUCUUGUAUAGAUGCAAGCCUCGAGAAUAUUGGGAUGAAAUUCAUGCUUGUCGUGAUGAUAUCAUGGAGAAGUAUAUCAAAGAUAAUAAUGGACAACCUGCCAAUCGAAUCAAUGGUUUGAUCUCUGGUUUAUUCUUCUCUGCUCGAGUUUAUGCCGACGGCUCUUUGCCCACACAUUCGCCUUUUGGAAACGUUCGAAUGCUUGUACCACCUGGUGCUUUAUUGGAUCCAGCGCUCAACAACUUUUACUUUGCCGAUUUUUAUUGCAACUAUUACACACACUAUGUUACGGUAGUCAUAUGCCGGAAGGGUUCAGAAACCGACAAUUACUGUUACACAAGACUUUAUCAAAUGAACCCUGAGGAUAAUCCUUUUCUUACGGUAAUCCCACCUCCACAUCCUCAUUAUCCACCUACUUACUGGGUGAAUGCUGGCGUAUGGGUGGAGAUUUACUACACGGAAGAUGUCCCUCUGUGGUGGGGACGAUUCGAUAAUAUCCAAACUACAGGUGCUGGAACUUCUAAGAUUGGUGGUCUACCGAACAAUAAGCAUUGUGAACGAUGUAAUCUCUACCCGGUCCCAUAUCCGGAUGAAGUUGUAACCUUAGAUGACGAAACGGGUCAUGGUGCAGGUGUUGCUGAUAUCACAGUAGCCGAAGACACGCUAAAUUCGACAUUCCGAGUUCUUAUGAAUGAGCGUAAAGGAGAUGCUGCUGAAGAAUGGGAAGAUGUUGCUGAAGUUAUUUGUAGUUUGGUCGACCAGGUGUGUGAGAUGGAUAAUGAGCCUAAGUGCUCUACAUCUACCUCGGAUGCAAAUAUCGAUGCCGCCUUGAACACUAUGGACAAAGAACUGGAAAAAUGUCGCGAUUUAAUGGUGAAGAAGGCUGCAAAUAUGCUGAAGGAGGCAGUAGAAAGCAUACGAGAAGAACGAGCUCGUAUCGAACGUUCAAUCAAACAUGUGACUUUACUACAAAAAUUAUACGGUUCACGUCCACCUCUGCUCACUGCUGGCGGCGUUUCCCAUUCAUCACCCUAAGAACGAUCUCUGGAGCCCACGUGUUAUUUAGAGUUUCUGUUUUGUUGCACUCCGCUUCUGAUGUGCUAUUGGUGCUGUCUAUGUGAUGCCAAUUUUUCUAAUGUGUAACUAAAGUUAACCUAAUCUGCAGCAUCUGCUUUUAAUUACGUAAGUUGAGCUAUAGUUAGCUGGUUUAUGGUACAGUCGCAUGUAUUUCUUUUUUUGUUCAAGCUUUAUAUCGUUUACAAUGCGCACGAUCUCUAGUGCUUGUGUAUCUCACUCUCACUCAAGAGGAGUCUCUUCGAGGUCAUUGUGUUUGAUUAAGCAGUGGCUUCGUCAGCGAGCUCGACUUUCUACGAGUUUCCUUCAGAUUUUCUUCAUUCCCCAUUAUUAAAUCGCUUAUAAGUUCGCAAAAAUUCUAAUCUUGCCUAAUUUCUCGCUUUAUUCAGUCUUGCUGUUCUCUAUCGCCAUUACCAUCAUGUACUACAAGUUACCUAGUUUUGUUACUCAAUAGUUUUAUUGCUAUCCUUGUGCCUUAAAUUGGGAUUGCUCCGCCCUACAAAAUCGCAACGAAUACAGCUUCCGAGAGUGGUUUUCUCCGAUAAAUAAUUCCUCUAUAUUCGGGCGGCGUAAU